AUGGAUAAAAAUGUUGAUACUUAAUUCACUUCUACUUUUUGGCGAUAGAUUCAUGAGGAAUAUUUUAUGAUAGAAACACCUGUUUCAUUAAAUAAUAUGAUAAAAUAACAUAAAAAAAGUAAUAAUUAAUAGCUGAUUUUAGUUCCGAAUAAUCCCAACUAAUAAGCAAAUGAAUUGAUUAAUAAAGUCUUGAAAUUUUAGAAAAAAAACAAAAGCAAGAAAGAAAAAUUAAAUGACUCUAAUCUAAUUCAUCGUUUACAAUUAAUUUUGAUGUAAAGAGAAAAAUCAUCCGAGCCAGUCAAAUAAUUGGUUGAAGAAAUGAUUGAUAAAAUUUGUGAAGCUAAACUUGUUACAGAACUAGAACAUAGCACAAAAUUAAUGAAAAAAAUUAAUUCAUAGCCAGAAGAAAAAUAAAUUGAAAUUUAUAAUUAAGAAGAACAAUAAUUAUAAAGUUUGCAUUCUUAAAUAGAUUGGCCAGAUUAAAUAAGUGAAGUAAUUAUGGAACUUGAAAAUGAUUUAAUAUAGGUACAAUAAAAAAACAAUUUGAAGAUUUAAAGGUAAAUCUAUAUUUUUAAUGAUUUUAGUUUGUAAACACAUAUUGAGGAAAUUAAUAAAUCAUUAAGAUAUCAAUAUAGUAUUUAGAAAAUAGGAGAAUUUGCUUUAAAAAUUAGUAGAAAUCAAGUUCAACAUCAUCAAGAAGAGUUAGACAAUCUUUAUAAAUUAAUUAUAAUGUAUGAAGACUAUUAAGUAGCUGAAAGUAUUGGAAAGGUGAUUUAUAAUUAAAAAGGUAUAAAAUUAUGAAAUUAUUAAUAGAUUAGAAUGUUACUGUUAUUUUGGAUAAGUAUUUAAGUGAAAAUCCUUUAGAGUUAAGUUUAUAAUAGUUUGAAUCUCUUGAAAGAUUAAGAGAAAUUCGUAUUAAUAUAUAAGAAUAGGAUUAAAUGCAAGAUUAAUAUUUAGUAAAUUAAGAUUUAUAGAUGUGUCAUUAUUGUCGAUAAAUGAUAGAAAAAAGUAUAUAAAAAUAAUGUACAUAUAAUCAUAUUAAUAUGAAUUUACAUUAAUAUAAUGAUGAUUUACUGAACUAAUAAAGAUAUUGCAUAUCCAAAAAGAAUAUGUAAAAAUUUUAUCAAGACUUAUAUUCUGCAAAUUACAUUAUUGAAAGUAUUUAAAUUUAAUGAAUAGUAGAUGAAUAAAUUUAAUGUUAAAAGUAUUUUUGUUAUAAAUGCUUAAGAUAUGAAUUUGAUGAAUAUGAUAUUUCUGAAAAAGAUUGGAUUUGUCCAUUAUGCAAAGUAUAACUAUACUUUAAAUUAGGGUUUAUGUCUAUGCAUUAGAUGUUAAAGAAAUGAUGUCAUAUAUAAAUUGAAAAGAAAUUUAUUAGAAAUUAAUGGAGAUUUAGAUACUCUUUAUGAUUAAUCACUUUUCGAAAAUUUAGUUAACAACAAGAGGAAAUUGAUUUAAAAUAUUCCUUUAGACUUUGUUAAUAAUUUUAAAAUUAGUUCAGAGACUGAAGAAAUAUUUUCAUCAAAAAUUUGUAAAAAAUAAAAAUUAAAUAUCACCAAAUAAAUUAAAAAGAAGACUAGUUCUGAAACUAUUUUGGUUUUGCCAAAAUAUUUAAAUAGUAUUGAUAGUUCAUCAUAAUCAACGAAGAUUAAAAAAAAGAAUAAAUUCAGGAGACUAAUUCCAAAUGAUAGUACUUUAUUUUAAUCAUGA